AGUUCAUCGUCAGCUUUGCGCAGUGGCAUUAUCGUAACCAAUGAGGUCUAUCCGAGGUGCGAUUAUUGCUAGUUGAAAACUUUAACCAAUACCCCGCCAAGUGCACGUGAAAUACCGUGCGCUAAGGCAAUUUUUGUGGGCCUCCAUGGAGGCCGUCUGAAAUAAUCAAUUUAAUAGUUCGUUUCUUGAGGUUAAGCUCAGAAACUUCAGGAAGUUUUUAAUGAAGAAUCAUUGACAAAAUGACUUCAUUUAGGUUUGAUGAUCUGUCCUGGGGAAGUUUGAGGAAAAUUUGUAAAGAAGUGGAGAAGUGAUCAUUACCGAGAACUGUCACUAUUUGAUAGUUAAGUUGUCAAACUACAGCAUAUAGUUUUUGCGUUUCCUAAAAUCAGAUAAAAGUUCUAUGAAAAACUCCUGCGAAAGGCGAAAAGUUAGUGAAUGUUAAAGUUACAGUGAUUUCAGAACUGAAAAUGGAUGGAAUCUUUCUUGAACGGGUGAGCGAAAAUAAUGAAAAACGUAAACCUCUCAUUAUUUACCAAGGGACUUUUUGUAUUAUUUUUAUUGCCUAGGGAGAGAAAGAUAACUUCUCACUAGAGAAACGCAAUGAACUGUAUACUAAAGUACUUGUAUACAGUUCAUUGGGGAAACGGAGUAAAUAAUAGUGUCUUCUCAGGCAGCAGGAGGCGGCUGGACGUCUAUGGUUUGUUUACGUCUGACAGAAUUGUUGCGCUUGCGCAAAUGAUGGAACAAAUCUCCGGUUCGAACGUCCUGUGUCCUGAUCUCGUGUGUUUUUAUCCUUAUUAACCCAUGUUAACUACAGAUUAAUUAUCAACAAAAACAAGUCAGAUUAUUAAGGUGCACAUUUCUACAAUACGCCGGAGUGAAUUAACAAUGGCUUCAUACACCCCCAAUAGAACAGUAUCGAAAGAGGAGCUGUAUCGAACGAUGAACGCUUCAGGGGUGCUGGAACGGAGCCUCAUUCUCAACAAGAAGCGCAGCAAGCUGAAAGAGAGUUUAGUAUGGUGUGGAGUCAAUGCCGCUUUCCUAGCCAUCGUCGUUUACGAUAUUACGCAGACAUGCCCCUGGGCAAUGGGGUUCUACCAUUACUUUGAGUAUAGUCUGACUGUAGUGUUCAGUCUGAACGUUCUCUACUACUUGGCGCGGAUGAUUCGGCUGUACUUUUCUUGCGCUGACCAGAUUGCCGUUACAGCCGAACAGAAGAAGCUGCUGGGCGUCCCAGAUGCAGAUCCCAACUACACCCUGAUUAACUCGGCGAAAUCACCCGUAAAACGGCUGAAUAGCUUCUCGUCCCCCCAACAGUCGAUGAACUUGAGCGGCUUUAGUUGGACGCCGCAGGCCUCCCCUGGCCAGGACACCACCCCCAUGAACAUGACCGCCCUCAGCUGGAGGUCCUUCGUUUCACCCAAUCAGAGUCUGAACUAUUCCACCCAGUCCCCGUCGUGGGGCUGCGCCAAGCGGACCGAGAACGGAAAGCAGGUGAGCUUCCAAAAUGUUUCCUCAAUGCAGCACCUUGAGGAUGACGAUGAGGAGCUGGCGAAGCAGCACCCCAAGCCGGACGAUGGCAAAAUCACGCAGAACAAUCUCCUGAGCUCGUUCUGGAGCCACCCAAUCACGCAAACUUCCAAAGAUAUGAGCUCGUUUCUGAGGAAGAACCAGUACCAGUUGUCCACGCAGUCUACCACGAAGCAUUUGAGUGGAAGCCCGUCAGGCAACCCGGACGAUAAAAGCAGCGGCAAUGUGACCGCUUUGGAGGUCUGGACCAGGAUCAAUGUGGAUACUGUGGCCUUAACGCAAUGGAAUGAAAACUUGAGAAUGUGGUUGUCGCAGACAAUCCUGGAGCGUCUGGUGAAGGAGUUCGACUUGAUCAACAGCUCUCUGGAGAAGCACAACAUGUCCGACAUCAAAAUUGGAAACGUUGGCCUGGACCGGCUGAGGAAAACUGCUCUAACGGUAGGGUUUUCCGCGAAAACUUCCCAUUUUUACCCUCGAAUGUUCCAGAGCCAAGUGGCUCAUUUCAUUCCCUCGAUGUCGACCAUCCUGUCGUUCUUGGAGCUGCACGCCAAUCAACAGUACUUAACCAAGCGAAUCCGGGAACUAUCCAGAGGCGGCUGCAUGAGCGAGUUUAAGUGGAACGGCGGCAGCAAAUUCAACGGAAAGGAAUGGGAUGAAUCCCUACCAACCGAUUGCACUAUUAUCAUGCAUUUGUUGUCCUGCUAUCUGGACACUCAGCUGAUGCCCUCGCCGAAUCUACCGGACACAAAAGCCUUCAGUGGACAUUACUAUGUGAAGGCAACGGAUAAAAUGCCCGCCUUGACGCCCAACAGUCUGUUUAUACAGGAAGUGAGCGAAAAGCCGCCUCAUUAUCGCGUCAUAGUGGGCGAGCAAAUCUACGAAAUGGUCAAGGGCUACAACAAUCUGUUCCACAGCAUCGUGUUCUUUAUCUAUCACGUUAACAAGUUGGAACAGGGCAUGCUGGGCAGAGUGAACUUGGGCAGAGCCGGCGUGAACAUGUUGUGGAUCAUUGGCCAGAAGGAGUGAAUGGAUGGAGUAUGGGGAAUUUUACUACUCAGACCCGAUAGAAUACGUCUUAACAGUAUUGCGAAGUCUCAUUUGUGCCAAACUGAUAAUAAUAAUGUUUUUCAAUGAUUUA